UUGGUUAUUGGUCAUGUGACAGUAAUAAACAAUCAGGUUGGCUAAACGCUCCCUUUCCUGUCUUGCACUUUGGUCUUUUACUCAUUAAACAUUCUGACAAUCUUCUUCUGGGAGACUGCAAUGUUUAUUACAGUGCUUCAUGGUGACAAUCAAAGAAGUCUGUUCAACACUCAGUGUAAAACAGUAGUCCUUUUGGACUGGAUCAAAGUCAAGUGUGGAUGUGAACAUGAAGCUGAAAUAGACUUGGCAAAUUUGAAAGGGCAGGUGAUGAAUCUGCCUCAUCAACAAUUUGCAGUUGCUUCAGAUGUUCUGGGACAGAGGGAGGAAUACAUUCUCAUCAGCAUAAGUCGGACUAGUAAUCCUUCAAUCCCAGUACACACUUCAUUGCUUCAUAACUAUGACCUGCCUGAUCCUCAGUGCCUAGAAUCAAAAACUGAACAGGAAACUUGUGCAUCUGCAGAAACAGGCAGGUUGAGAAAGUUCACCUCAUCACUAUCCACUGAGAGUCAACCAAGACCAUACAAACAAAUACGCUUCUCAACUUAUCAAGCAGACCCUGUGUAAUCUGGUAUCAUAUUGUAUUACUCGUUCUACAUUUAUUUCUCUUAGACCAGGAUAUGAGCCACAAAAUGUAAAUUCCUGUAUAUUGUUUAUGGUUAAUACUAAUAAUUUCUAGUUAAUACCGGCCAGUUAAAAAGAAAAAAGUAAUGACUACAGAGUUGUUUUGUGCCGUUUAAAUUAAGGAACGUUAUCUCUGAUAUAAUAUGUUUAUUCAUUUGUUCAGUAAUUUGUAGAACACUUGUACACCUGCGCACUGUAGAGCUACAGUUACUGUUUACAUCAAACAACAAAAUGAAAGAAAAAAAAAAAGCGUGAUCCCUGACUUUAACUGUAGCAGGAUUGAUGGUACCAAAUGGCCAGAUUUCAGAAGCUACUGAACUUUUGGGAUAUAAUAUCUCACAUUAUUGCUCUUUACAACUGUGGUGAUCAGAAAAGCAUCUUAGAUUGCAUCUAUAUUCUGUGGACAGAUGAUUUUGUAGCUACAGAUUCCUAUUCGUGGCUGACUGGAGUGAAACCUAAAGUGGUCUUCUGCUUUAAAGGGUGAUUAUACCAGUUGCUAUUUAAUUAUAUGAGUUUCUAAGUGUGUAGUUUAUUACAAUAUUUGGCACAAGGCAUUUUAUUAGAACAAAUCAGAACAAAAGAACAAGAUUUCAAGGGAUUUGGAAGGAUUACUAUAAUAUUACAUAUAACAUAUAAGACACCCCUGUCUUGUCUUUAUUUACUAACUUAUUUUUCUAUAGAUCUUUAAUUGAACUCUUACUAGGUUUAUAGCAAGGAUUUGUACAACUUUGCAACUUUGUACAUUCAGUGACACUAUUCUGGCUAGUUGUUAGACACAGAGAGCGUUUUAUUCCUGAAAUAAAAUGCUCACAAAAAUGAUUUUAAGAAAACUAUGCAUUGAUUUAAACUCAAUUUUAUUUUUAUGUACAGGUUAUUUAUAUGUACGGGUUACUUUAAAACUAGAGCAAGAAUAAAUGUAUAAAUCUUACAGAUGCAAGGUUUAUCUUCUUCUUCUAAAUAUAGGAUUUUGAGACAAUUUUUUAUUGCCUCAAAAUCAAUGGAAUUACUGUACAUUAUAAAUAAUAAAUGAUAACACUUACUUGACAAGAGCUCCUCCUAACUAAGACAUUACUUUCCCACUGCGUCUACAGCUUUAAAUUUCAUGCAGAAUAAUAUCAAAACAAUAUCUAAUAAAACGUUAGCCUCCACAGCAAGCACGUUGCCCUCGCAGAAUUGAAUCAGUGUGUUUAACGUUAUUCAAGCCCAUUCUGUCAGGCAUUGCAGCUGUCUAUGUGUAAUAGAGACAGAAAUAAAUAUAAUAAUAAGUAGAUCCCCUCACCCCUGCUCUAUAAAUACAGCCUGACAACCUGUUGACAAAAAUGUAAACAACGCCAUCUCGAAACAGUGAGGACAAACGCACAACACCAGGCGUGACAUUCGCCACUACAGCAGUAGGAGCAGUUGAAAGGUAUGCUAAGUGUCACAGUCACACUUCUUUGAAUUUAUCUAAGUGAUAGGAAUGAGACAGAAUGCAGCCAGGAGAGCUUAGCAGCGUAUCAGCGGUGAUAGAGAAUGAGAAAAUACUCCAGCUGGCCAUUUCCAAUCUGUUCACAGUCUGUCCUGGAGGAAUACUUGCUUUGCUGUCCCAGACUCUGGGGAUGAGCUUAGGGGGUGCAUUGAUGACAAGACACAGAUAUAGCACAAAACUGCAAUCUGCGUGCUGUCAAUCCUAGACUUUUUUUACAUAAGCCUUAUCAUUCUGAAGUAAUAAACUAAAGAAUUCUUUACCGUUUUUGAAUGUUGGUUUGCAUAUUAUAGGUCACUUGAAUUUAAGACUCUUUAAACCAAGCAUCAUAUGUUCUCUUGUUUCAUGUGUUGAUUAAAUGCAACACAAGAAUCACAGGGGACUGGACGCUGACCCACAAACAAAAUCACAAGCAUGUUUUAUUUUGUCGAGCCUCUGUGUCCCCGAGAGACAGUUCCAAGUUUUCAUUAUUAAUAAUGAGUCUUAAUUAAAUAAAGAAAAUCUUUCUCGUGUACAA